AGCAAUUCUUUCUAGAAUUUUGUAGCGAUCGCUUGCUAGCUCACGCUAGGGAGCUUUAUCUGAGUCAGUCUUGGCCAAAUACGACCAGCCGCUGCACUGAACACAAAUACAUAUAUCUGAGAAGUGAACUAUUUGGAUGUAUUUGCUCUUUUGAUUCAAAUUUCUAGUUUGCGUCUUUUAGCCACUAACUUAGCCAAGUCAUAUCCCAAGCUAACGCUGUUAGCGUUAGGUUCUUGUUGGCAGAAUGUCCAGGAUAGACUACAGCGUGUGGGACCACAUUGAGGUGUCUGACGAUGAAGAUGACACCCACCCAAACAUCGACACACCCAGCCUCUUCAGAUGGAGACACCAGGCACGUGUGGAGCGAAUGGAAGAAUAUAAGAAAAAAGGUGACGAAUUCAACAAGGCACUCUGUGAAUGUCGGCGUAAGCUGGCAGAGGCACAGAAGAAGCUCCAAGACCUGACCAUGGCAGGAUCGGGUGAUGCCGAACUGAGCAAAGCCCAGGCUGAGGAGAAGAAACUGAAAAAAGAAGAACGGGAGUGGCAGAAGAAGGUGGAUGAUCACAAUCGAGAAGAGAAGAAGAUGCCAUGGAACGUGGACACGCUCAGCAAGGAUGGCUUUAGCAAGAGUAUUGUUAAUGUCAAACCUGACUCUGCAGAGGAGACCGAAGAGGAGAAGGAGCAAAAGCAUAAAACAUUUGUGGAGAAGUAUGAGAAGCAGAUCAAACAUUUCGGCAUGCUGCGACGUUGGGAUGACAGCCAGAAGUACCUCUCUGACAAUCCUCAUCUCGUCUGUGAAGAGACUGCUAACUACCUGGUCAUCAUGUGCAUUGACCUUGAAGUUGAGGAGAAACAUGCAUUAAUGGAGCAAGUGGCUCAUCAGACCAUCGUCAUGCAGUUCAUCCUAGAGCUGGCGAAAAGCCUCAAAGUAGACCCCCGCGGCUGCUUCCGUCAGUUUUUUGCCAAGAUUAAGACAGCAGAUCAACAGUAUCAAGAAGCUUUCAAUGACGAGCUGGAGUCAUUCAAGGAGCGGGUGCGGGGCAGGGCAAAGAUCCGCAUAGAAAAGGCCAUGAAGGAAUAUGAGGAAGAAGAGCGACAAAAGCGCAUGGGACCCGGAGGAUUAGAUCCUGUUGAAGUGUACGAGUCCCUGCCGGCUGAGAUGCAGAAAUGCUUUGAUGAGAAGGACAUCCAAAUGUUACAAGAUGUUAUCAGCAAAAUGGACCCAACGGAGGCAAAGGCUCACAUGAAGAAGUGCAUAGACUCUGGGCUCUGGGUCCCUAACUCCAAGGGAGAUGGAGAAGAAAAAGAGGAAGAAGCCACCUAUGAAGAGGUGAAACAGGAGCAAGAAGAAACUAAGAAGGAAUGACCAAAACUGACCCCCUGAUUUGUUUUUUGCAAAUGUACUUACCCACUGUAUUGCAACUCCAUUAUGUGUAUGAUUAGUUUGCCAAUCAAUGAAAUAACUUCUCUAAAAUAUUUAGCUGAGAUUUAAGGGACUAGUACUCGCCUAACUGCACAAGAAUGUUGCAUCAGGAACCCCCAGCUUGGAAAAGAAACUGCAGCUUGUGUCUUUUGUUAUGGCGUUUAUUUGUUUGGACAUCACCAAAGCUGUGUUCUUUCAUUUAUUUGUACACACCUUUCAGUUUGUGUGAGUAUGUAUGUGUACACAUGCUUGCCUGCCUGCUUAAUUUGUGGCGGUGUAUAGUUUUCAGGUUGGGCAUAUAUGUUCUUUUUUUUUGUCAUUUUCAAUUUUAGGAUUUUUGUUUUGUUUAGGGCUUGGUCAAUUGAUGUAUUCAGAUGGUUAUUUCCCCAAAGUGACAUUUUUUUUUUUUUUUUUUUUUAUACAAACUUGCUUAACUAAAGGUUGAAUUAUAUCCAA